GAUACCGAAAAGGGUACUUUGAAUGAAAGUGGCAGGGGAGAAUUCGCUAUAGGAGAUGUUAAUUCGACGAAGAUAACAUGACGAUGAUGUUAGGAUAGCAACGAUCAAAACUUGUCAGGGAUUGAGAACUUAUUAGCAUCGCUUGGAUAUGUCGAAGUAUUUGUUAUCCUUAAAAUUUGCAAAUUGUUGUUGGUUAUCUAGGUCUCUUCGUGGUGUCGACUUUCAUUUGUACGGCUCAAUAGAUAUUCACUUUUCGCCAUCUUCCAACAAGGACCGCGAAAAGCCGGUUCUUGAACCAGCCUCUGAGAAUCAUAGAAUCUUCUCUCAAUACCAGCGGAAAGACUAUUCCGACAAAACUCUGUACAGUCACUGCUUCUACCGCACUUCAUCAACCUUCUUAAUUUCUCAUUGCGCUUUUGCACCCAGAGUCUGCUUUUGUUAAAGACAAUAUUUCUGCCUAGGUGGUGUUCAGAACCAACAGAACUCAUGCAAUGUCGAUCCAGCAGCUUUCCAAAUUUCUGAGUGAUCAGAAUGAAUUUCGUCGUCAAGUGAGAGGUUGUUCCAUUGCACUAUUCUUCCAAUACGAUUAUUCUGAAUCGCAACAAGAAUUCAAGGACAGAUUUCCCUCCAGUACUCUUUCUGCGCUCGCUGGUUUGAAAGAAUGGGAAUGGUUCAUCAACGAAAAAAGCCAGCCAAACAUCCGACAGAGCUUUUACAAUCAGAGAUUGCACAUCCCAAUGGGACCUGUUAUAGCUCCUGCGACAAGAAUCGAACAAUGCGAGUCGAAGAAGCCAAUCGCCGUGAUAGGUUUUAUUUAUACUCUAUCACUUAAAGAGCUGGAUGCGUUAGCACAAGAGCAAUCUUUGAAAGGCAGGCAACAAUUUUACAUUCCUGUCCAAGUUCAAUCCAAGUCAAUUAAUGGUUUUGAUCUUAAGAUGAUGUUGGCAACCGUUUUUGUGGACAUGGCCAACACUGGGGGUGGUUCGAUUGAUUUGACAAAUAAGUCAACGAACUUAAAAUGGGUUACGGCUAUCAAACGCAUGGAACAUAUGCCAAAAUGGUAUGUCGAAAAUAUCGAGGCGAAGCUUAGAGGAAGACACGACAUUGUUGAACCUUUUCUUAUUCGUCUUAAUCCAAAUCCUGCCAUUGAUUUACAGGCUGCCCGAAGACAGGAAGCUCCCACGCCGUUUGCAAGACUUAAGCAACAGCAAGAAGAUCAACAGGGACAACAGAAGCAGAAGAAAGCUCCAAAUAGACCAAUGAUCACAAUUUCCCAAAGGCAAAGAGAUCUUAUGCUGCAGCAGAUUCUAAACCAUGGAAUGACAUCAGCCGGGGAAGUACAAAAGCUGACGGAAUCCCAAAUGACUCUUGUGGUCGACACUUAUUUGCGCAGACAACAAAAGGCGAUUUAUGCAAGAGAGAAAGCUGAAAAGAAACGACUCGAGGAGGCUUCUGGUGUUUCUGCUCCAAGAAUUGGAAUGCCAGAACAACAAUGGAAUGCUCAAGCCCCAGGUCAAAUAAACCCACGUGAAGAGGCUGUUUUCAACGGCGUCCUUCGAAAGCAAAAAGAUGCUGUGCGAGCGCAGGAUUUGAGAGAAAAGUCUAGUAUGCCACCACCACCACAACCAGUCCGCGCAUUUUCUCAAAAUAGUCCAGAAAAAGGCCAAGCACAAGCACAAGCACUAGCAAGAGCACAAGCACAAAAUAGGAAUAACGGGACUUCACCACAACUUAAGUAUCCCCAAAAUCUCAAUAAUCUCAAGCGGCCAGCUUCGAAUUCAAUCUCUAACGCUACUGGCAACCAAGGUGUUAAGCGACAGAAUACGGGAAAUGCGAGUGGUAAAGAAGGCGGUUCACAGAAUUCCAACAGAAAUAAUGGAAAUUUGAAAGUUCAGGUUUCGAAUCCAAAUGCAAAGAAUGGUCCAAGUGAUGUUCAGAAACCCAACUCUAAGACAAGAGGUCGACCCAGAAAAAGUCGAGCUAAAGUACCACCUACUGGGGAUUCGAAUAAUUUGAACCAAGCUGGAAAGAACAGCCAGGUCGCGGGAAACAGCAUGGGCUCUGGUGGAAAGGGACAUUCCAACGCCAAUGCGAAGGGCAAUGCGGUAUCUGGGAGCAAAGCACGAGCUGCUUCUGGAAACGUAAAUCAAGCUGGAAAUCUCAAUGGAAAUCUCAAUACGCUGAGCAGACCACAACUUCUUUCGCACGUGGAGCAAGCAGCGAAGAUGGUGGAUUAUUUCCAGCCGAAAGCUAGUGCGGAUAAGGCGGGAGAUGGAAGAUUACAGUAGAUGUGGGACAGAAGUGGAUGACGGGAUGGGGUAGGAGGAUUAUGAUUCGAGGGAAUGGUAUACUGGGAGGAGAAUGUGGAGCUAGAGAGGAGCUUACACAGAAUGGGUUUAUUAUAUCCACACGAUCGAUUUCACUCCUCUCCUCCGCACUCUUUUGGGAACUAAGCAGAUAUGUAUGAUUUUUCCAAACGACUGUCGGUCAGGCUUGAUGCUCGAGAGGAUAGUGGGAAGUAAAUUGGCUUUGGGUAUGGUUGGAUGGGAGUAUUGCCUUUUGAAUUACUUUAGCAUGCCUGGAGUUGGGAAGAAGAGGAAGGGAAGUCUAUGGUUUCGUUAUGAACGCGGGAGUAGGAUCGAGAUUUAGGAUGGUGGAUAUGUGAAUGAGAGACGGGGUAUGCGGGGUGAUGGGAGAAUGGUAUUGUGCGAUAGGGUGGAGAAGAAUGGAAGCA